CGAUAAUUUAAUUCCGCGUUAUUUACAAAAACAGAAAGUUUAAUAACUUAAAUUCAUGGCGAGUAACUUGCUGAUAAAUCCUAUAAAAUUACGCUUUUAUAUAGAAAGAUAUGAAAAAGAGAACAAAUUGAUAAAUGUGCGAGAAACAUUUGUGCCCACUAUUCGUACAAAACCAUUAACUGUCAAAAUGUACGCGAAGCACGAUGUUUUCUCUUCAUCGGACGUUAGAGAGGAUGAUAUCAACCUGAUUAAACGACAGAUGGAGAUGAUAUCCAAAGACAUUUAUUCGUUUAGACCGCCGGUAGUAAAUAUGGAAUACGGCUGGUUCACCGAAUCGCUAAUACCUGUAAUGAAGGAUCCAAGAUUACGCUUUUCUAGGAAACAAUCGGAUUUUGUCGCGAAUGAACUUUUACGUAGAAAAUUGCAGAAAGGUCUACCGGAGAAAAGAUUUGUUGGCGUACCAUUUAGAACAUAAAUAUUUAAGAGAUUUACGUUUUAAUAAAUUGUAAAAUAAAAGUUUGUAAUUAUUAUGACUGAAAGUUCGACAAGCUUUUUUCCCCAGAUGUAUCG